AUGCCUGAGCAUUCCACCGAGUCUGACAUGUCGCUAUCCGACGCCGUAACUUGGGUCCACGGCUGGGAUCGCAGUGAGGCAGCACAGCAACCGGAGGCUAACCACAGUGCUCAGCAUCCAGACCACCACCGUCAUCAUCAUCGUGAUGUUCUAUCGCAGCCUCGCACUCCGCUCCCCCCGUCCCGGAAGCGCAAGAGGACCAACACCCAGGGCUCCUCCGACACCGACGCCGAAGCAAGGCAACCCCCCCAGCCCAUCACCGAAGCCCCCAUCGUCCCCGAUUUCCCCCCUUACGAGCCCGGCAGCCGCCGCGGCGAGCGCCGCCUGCGCUUCAUCCGCCACGCGCUCAGCCUUCCCCCCGACGUGUCCUUCGCCGCCAUAGACGCCUUCCUCGCGCGCAACACCUCCGUGCUGCGACACCUCGCAGCCUGCACCGCCCCCCACCCAGACUGGAGGCUCGAGGACGACGACGAGAGCAGGAGCAACAACGACGAACAAGGCGGCGGUGGGAGAAGCAGGAGGUGGGGAGAGGUGCGCGUCUGCGACGCCGAGGCCCUGCGCCGCAACGAGAUGCUGUACCGCGCCAUAUCGGAGCUGUGCUGGCAGGCCAAAGCGGUGGACGACGUCCUGGCGUGGGUGGAGGGGCGGACGGGAUUUAGCAAGGAGGAGGAUUAUGCGAUAAGCGUGGGGUUGCGGAAGCGGAGGCGCGAGAGGCUUCAUGUCCUGAGGUGUGCGAGUGUGCUGGAGGAGGACAGCUAUAGGUUCAACGAGAAGGACCGGCGGGAGCUGGCAAAGGCUAUCCGGCAGGAUAGGCCGGGCAGUCUCCUGAGACACAGCGUAUGUUCCGACGACCUAGCGGAUGAGGAUGAGAAUGAGGAAGAGGAGGAGGAGGGCGAGGAGGAGGAGGAUGAUGAUGUUGGUGACUGGCUAUGGGCAAAGAGUCUGUAG